AUGGACAAUACCAACGGCAUCAGCGGCCACAGGCCCCAAUCCGGCGCCUCGCGUCUCCGCACCCUUCUCGCCGAUGACACCCAGAUCCUCGUCUGCCCGGGCGUCUACGACGGCCUGACCGCGCGCCUCGCGAUCGCACAAGGCUUCAAAUGCAUCUAUAUGACCGGCGCCGGCACGGCGGCAUCGCGCCUCGGCAUGCCAGAUCUGGGCCUCGCGACCAUGAGCGACAUGCUUGGCAACGCGUCUAUGAUCGCGGCGCUGGACCGCACGGUGCCGGUGAUCGCGGACGCGGAUACGGGCUAUGGUGGGCCCAACAUGGUCGCGAGGACGGUCAAAGCGUAUAUCACGGCGGGGGUUGCGGGCGUGCAUCUGGAGGAUCAGGUCUUGGCGAAGCGGUGUGGGCAUUUGAUGGGGAAGGAGCUAGUGGAGAGGGAUGAAUAUUCUGCGAGGAUCAAGGCGGCGGUCAUGGCGAGGGAUGAGGAGCGGGCCGUGACGGGAGGUGAUGUGGUGAUCAUUGCGAGGACGGAUGCGCUGCAGAAGUUUGGAUUUGAAGAGGCCAUGGAGCGUUUGAGGAAGAGCGUGGAGCUUGGUGCAGAUGUGGCGUUUCUUGAGGGCGUGACGAGUAUCGAGCAGAUGAAGCAAGCGUGUGAGAUGCUGAAAGGCACGCCGGUGCUGCUCAAUAUGGUUCCUGGUGGCGUUACUCCCCAGGUGUCCACAGAAGAGGCGAGGAAGAUUGGCUACAGGCUUAUGAUCUAUCCUGGUAUGGCGAUGAGUGCCGUCAUACAGAGUGUGGGGGAUGCCUACAAAGAGCUGUAUGAAACUGGAGACAAGAAGGUGGACGAGGCUGAUGUUAAAGGGGGUGUCAAGAGGCUGUUUGACCUUGUAGGGUUGCAGAGGUGUAUUGACUUCGAUGCGAAAGCUGGAGGGUCAGCGUACGGAAGUGUUUGA